CGGAGAUGCUGGAAGUGGAAAGCCUCCAAUCUCCAAUCUCCAAUCUCCAUUUCUUACUCUCCACUUGUGACCCCGACGAGCCGAUAUAGACAGACUCCUCUUUCGCAACACACUCGAUAUCUAUCAAGUCAGAAUACUGCCCCGGAAAUGUGCAAAAAAGCCACCUGCGGAACCUGCAAGAAGACCUCCUGGUGGGGUUGCGGCAGCCACAUUCAAUCCGUUAUCGACAACGUCCCUGAGGCCGAGCGCUGCGAGUGCGAGCCCAAGGUCGAGGUCGGCGGUGCUUCGUACCCGCCUAUGGCCGCGUCUCCCAACUGACUUAUCGAGAGAGCUGCGGCUCUGGUUCUAUGGACGCGUGGCAAGAAAGCGAGGUGGUCACCCACUGGCGUUGUGGAGGAGCCGUUGUAGUGUUCCUGAUGUGAGGCGAUUGUAGGAGAUCAUGGAUUGGCGUGCAUGGCGUUGGGGUUGACUCAGGAAAUAGAAUUGGUGGGUGGUUGAUGACUACAUACAUGACUAAGAAACUAUCAGAAAAUGCUCAAGGCAAUCAUUUCCCAUGCUCGUGAACUGUUGUAAUGCUG